AUGGUCGCUUCUGACAUGACAAUCAACUCUUCCCCCCAGAAGCCUUUGAAGCAAGGCGGUCUUUCUGCCAUUCCUGCCGACAUCAAGAUCCGUACCAAGGAACGAACCUCCGGACACUCCCACCCUUACCUCAACGGUAAUUUCUACCCUGUCUUUGAGGAGACUGUCGGUGAUGAAGGUAUCGAGUGCGAGAUCGUUGGCACCAUCCCCGAGGUCCUUCGUGGAUCCCAGUACAUUCGCACUGGACCCAACACUCUGAACGUCCCUGCCGAUGGUGCUCCCCACCAUUUUUUCAGUGGUGAAGGGAUGCUCCAUGGUGUGUACUUUGAGUCUGGAGAAGACCCAAAGGGCCCGAUCCGUCCACGAUACAUGAACCGCUACGUCCGAAGUGACAUCUUCAAGAAGCAAAACGACCAUGGCUACCUCCACUUUCCUCUGGGAAUCGCUAUGGCCCCGACGCCGUUUUUCAAGUUCGUUUUCUACAUGAUCUGGUUCUACAUCAAGAUGGUCUGGUACAAGGUCACCAACAUUGGCGAUGGCAACACGGCGUUGACCUACUUUGGAUCGAGACUCUUGGCCCUUCAAGAAGGCGGCAAGCCUGUCGAGACGGCCGUUCCGAGUCUGAAUACCACAGGCGAAUACUUCUUUGAGGAAGAUCCGAACAAGAAGGACAAGAACGCCGUUGUUACUGCCCAUCCUAAGAUUGACCCCAAAACCGGCGAGAUAACUUUCUUUUCCUAUUCGCUGCAAAAACCUCAAGUCCUUUACUCAGUCGUCUCUGCUGCGGGAAAGAGAAAGGUCUGGCGACAGAAGAUUGCCCUCCCCAAGCCCUCCAUGAUGCAUGACUUUGCCACCACCGACACCUACUCCAUCAUGGUGAACUGCCCCUUGUACUUUGAGCCCAGCAACGCGUUGAGGGGUGAGCCUACACUCGCUUUUGACCCCACGGCCAAGACACGAUUCGGUUUGAUUCCACGGUACUACAACGACAAGAGCGACAAGGUCUACUGGUUCGAGACACGCACCUGCCACAUCUUCCAUACAGCCAACGCCUGGGACGAGAAGGACCAAGACGGAAAUAUCAUUGCUGUCUGUAUGACUGCCUGCCGAUCGGAUGGCUUUUUCAGGGACAUCACCCUCUGGCAGCCCAGCGGACCUGACAACUAUGGAGGCGGCAAGACCGAAGCCGAACGUUUGAUCCAGUACAAGGCUCCGGGAUCUGGAGACUAUAAUAGCCAGGACCCCGACAAGCCGUUCUUGACCUUGUUCCGAUUCGUGCUCGCGACCGGUGAGACCGAGCUGACGACCUUGUGCCCAAUCGGCUCCGAGUUCCCAGUGAUCAACUUUGACCGAUACAUGCGCCCCGAUCUGCGAUAUGUCUUUACGGCCAGUACUGAGGAGUCUUCUUUCAAUACUGGAGCCAAGUUUAACGGGAUUAUCAAGACCGAUGUCCAUGCUGUGAUCCGCAAGAAGGGCGAGCUCCAGGCGUCCGACAAACUCAAGAGCGCCAAUGUCGGCGGUGAGGGACAAUGGGAGAUUGGCGCUCAGACUCUGGCGACUGUUCAGGCUCAGACGGGUCAGUCUCACCGCUUCGGUCCUCACAUCUAUGGAAACGAGGCAAUGUUUGUUGCCAAUGGUCCUCGUGCUGAUGGUCAACCUUUGGCCGAAGAUGACGGCUUCUUACUGGUCUAUGUCUACGACGAGCGGCAGAUGGAAAACGGAGUCCCCAAGGACAAGGCGCGCCAGGUGACUGAGCUGUGGAUCUUUGAUGCCAAGAAGAUUGGACAGGAUAUCGAUCCCGUUGCCAAGGUCAAGAUCCCCAGACGUGUCCCCUAUGGAUUCCAUGGCAUCCACCUCACCAAGGAGCAGAUCCAGGAGAACCAGGAGUUUUUGGCACGUCGCGCCGCCUCCGCCACUCGCGCAUAG